AUGACUAAAAUAAAGAUAGGUAUUAACGGUUUCGGUAGGAUUGGACGUAUAGUGUUACGAGCAUCAUUAACAUCAAACGAUGUAGAAGUCGUCCACAUUAAUGAUCCGUUCAUGGACAUAGCAUACAUGGCUUACUGUCUAAAAUAUGAUUCAGUACACGGUAGAUUAAACGCUAAAAUCGAGCAUAAAUCUAACGGUCUGUUGAUCAACGAUAGAUUUAUUGAAGUUACUGCGUUCUGUUCACCAAGCGAGAUCACAUGGGGAAAAUCUGAUGUAAAUGUCGUUUGUGAAUGUACUGGUGUAUUUACCACAACCAAAAAAGCCCAAGAGCAUCUUGAAGGAGGAGCAAAAAAGGUUAUAAUUUCUGCGCCGGCUAAAGAUGAUACUCCGAUGUACGUUUAUGGAGUCAACCACAAAGAAUACAAGAGCUCUCAAAAGGUUAUCUCCAACGCGUCGUGUACAACUAACUGCUUAGCCCCAAUUAUGCACUACGUCAACAAAGAAUACGGUGUAAUUGAAGGUUUGAUGACUACUGUACACGCAACCACUGCUACUCAACAACCAGUUGAUGCCGUCGUAAAAGGUGGAAAGAACUGGAGAGAUGGAAGAAGUGCUUUAGCUAAUAUUAUACCAAGCUCCACUGGAGCUGCAAAGGCCGUGGGAAAGGUUAUUCCAGAACUAAACGGAAAGUUGACCGGAAUUGCCUUCAGAGUACCUGUAGGUGAUGUUUCUGUUGUCGACGUUGUUGUCCGAACUAAAAAGAAGAUGACUCUCGAAGACUUUGCUAACCUUAUGAAAAAGGCUGCCAAUGAAUACCCUGAUGUCAUAGACUUUACUUCAGAGGAGGUGGUAUCUCAAGAUUUUGUUGGCGACACUCACUCAACAAUCAUCGAUAUCAAAUCUUGCAUCCAAUUAAAUGACAAUUUCGUUAAGAUUGUAUCAUGGUAUGAUAAUGAAACAGGUUAUUCUAACAGACUUUUGGACAUGGCUCGCUACAUAGCAAUAAAUUAA